CAACAUCUUUGUGGUUGUAAAUAUCCAUUGUGAUCAUCAAAUCGUAUAAUAAGUCGGAACAACAACAAGCGAAGUUUCAAAAAAAUGACGUACGGAGACAGUGUCGGUUACGGUACGCGCACCCUGCCGGUGGCGCACAUCCCAAGCAACGCGGGACACACCCGGGAGGGCGGCAGGAGCCAAAACAUGGUAUCCCACAGAAAAAAGCUGGCAGAGCAUAUUUGUAAUGCAAAAAUAAAUACACAGAAAAAUCUGUCAUGGGCGGCCUCAUAGCAUGCUAUUUAGGAUAUGCAGUACAAUUUUUUUUGUCCAUUUAUUUUUGCAUUACAAAUAUGACCUGCCAGCUUUUUUCUGUGUGAUACAUGGUCCAGCCACUGCACAAGAUCGGUAGCGGUAUUCCCACCAUGCCGCCCGCGGGGGCACCCAAACGAGGCGCCGGCUUUGUGUGGGCCAAGCACGGCAAGGAACUCCUCGCAGCGGGCCGAGCGGAAUGGAACAGCGGGACAACGAUGAACGAAACAGUAGACGAGUUCAAGUUCACGCUCCGCAGCGAAAACAUCUCCUGCAACUACGGCUCUGGGAAAAAAGUUUACAGGUAUAACUACAGGGUGUUGCAUGUAUCCGAUUUUUCGCAUCCUUGGCAUUGUCAUUGAUUUCAGCAUCUCUACUGCUUGAUGUUCAUCGUAGGAAAAAAACCAUGACGAUCUUCGCUUUAUGAAUUACAAUGAAAAAAAUCCGCAUCGGACGACAGACUAUCGGGCAGCAUUGCGGGCCGCCCCAUGCGUUUGGUAUCGGAGCGAAACAAGUUGCCCGUGAACGGGAAGUCGGUAUACCUGAGUCUGGCCGUAUCCCACGAAAAAAGUGUUACAGUUACACAUUUGUAGUGAAUUCAGCAACACAAAUUUCUCUGCGUGAGAGAGAAAACUUGUAAUGCAGAACUCCUACGGGAAAACACCUAUGAAAUGAGGCUCCCGAGCAUUUCCUGCAUGAGAAAGGUUGUCUGUGUUGCCGGUCUUGCAACACAGUGUGUAACUGUAGCACUUUUUUCUUGCGAUAUGCCGGGAACGAGUUUGUGUCCGCCGACGGGCGCCGGCCCGAGAAAGCCCGGAAACCCAGCAUGGAGGCCAUCGCGCUGAAAACGAAGGACCAGGCAGCGUACGUAUGCAUUGCAAAUAUGUCUGGGUCUGGAAACUUGUGAUGCUGUUUGGCGAAUCAUGUGGACGCCUUCACUGACAGCCAAGCAUGACAAGUUUUGGACUUGCUAUAGUGUUGCCUAUCUGCAUGACAAACUGUGUUUCUGCAUGAUAGAGAAAUAUGGCUUUUGGGUUGCGCGCAUUACAGACUUGAGAGCCAUGCUAGCCGUGCAUGACAAAGAACCUGCACUCUUUUCGCGGUUCUGACCCUAGAUCUCCUGCGGCCGUAGCUGCUUGCGGCGACGCUGCAAAGGUUUUCGAUGUGGUGCAGUCGGGUAUGCAUGACAAAGAGCCUUGCAUUCUUCCAGACCCAGACGUUGUUGCAUUUGAUAGUACGUGCAGAACGGCAACAACGAGACCGCGUUGCAGCUGAAGGUGCUCCCGAGUUUCAUGCACCGGACCUUUUCCUCUCUGAAGGACCCAGAACGAGAAAAUUUGAAUCCCGAGGCCUUCACCCGGGAAACCCGGCACUUCAAGUGGAAGGCGAAGCGGUUUGUCCGAAUGCAGAAAAAUAAGGUGGCCUCGUCCUCUUCGUUGAGCACCACCAGCACGGCGGCGCCGUCCCCGGGCGACCACAUUUCACCGAGCAGCGGCCAUUCUAGUCCAGCCGACGGCAAUUUAGGGACGACCACACUGCCGGCAAUAGGUGGCAAGCCGCGAAGCAGCACGUUACCUCCGCCGGCAGGAGUAGCACAACAGGUAGAGGAGCAAAGUAGUAGAGAGCAGGGAGCCACGAGAAGUAGUGCCACGAGUUGUACUAGUAGACCAGAGCAGCAGGGUUUGCCACCGGUUGUAAGAAAGACGAGCAAGGGGACCACGGGUAACAAGAAGUCCUCCGGAACAACAAAACGGGGAAGUACCAGUAGCCCGGAAAGAAACGCCGCACGAAAGAGGGACGGUUCGGCGUCGAUAGAGCGUGUUGAUGCGGAAGGCGGAGAAACGAAUCGCUUCGCGCGGACUUUCGACGUCUUACCACGGCUGCCGGAGAGAAAGGUCAACUCUUCCAUUAUGUACUACGACGACGUGGCGGGGGAGACCAAGAGAAAAUCCAAGUUCCACGUGCCGAAGUCCAUGUACGACACGCGAUCGCUAUCCCCGAAAGGGAGCGGGUUGCACCUCACCCGAGAGCACCGCUUCAACCUGGAGGAGUGGCCACAACCGGCCGACAAAUUGUCGCUGACCAUGAGCACUUUCGUACUGAUGAUGAUUUGAUGUUGUAUAUUUAUAGUAGCUUCUUGCUUGCUUGCUUGAGCUUGGGUCCGAGUUCUGAGCAGGAGACCUAGACUUGGUCUUUGGUCCCCGCGUGUUGGAGUUCUUCCAGUAUGAAAAUGACGAGCACAAGACUUCUCCAAUGUUGUAUGUACUUUUCCCAAUACAGGAUAAAGAUGCUGCGGAGAUUAUCCUGUGUAAAAACGUCCCCACCCCAGAGUCAAGAUGGGGAUCUCGCAACACAAGUCGAGAAGUUUUGGGAGUCAAGCAUGACAAGUUCGUCUCUGUCUUGUAGGGCAGUUCAGCGAGUACAGCCGCAACGCAAAUCCAUUUACUCAUCCUAUUCAGAGCAUUACAAAGUCCAAAACACGACUGGAAAUGCCUCUCAUGGGGAUGCGCAUUACAAAUUUUCCUGUGACUGGAAAUCUGCAUGACAACUCUGGUGUGGGGAUGUUUUUACAUAGGAUAGAGAUGGCGACCCUACGGGCGAGACGAAACCCGAUGUCGCAAACCUUUUGGAACGCGAAGGAGCUAUCAAAUGCAAAUGUGUCUGGGUCUCGGAGAUUGCGAGACUUGUCAUGCUAGUCUGGCAUGACUCUGAACUCUGUGUUGCGUCACCGCAAAGAGCUACUGUGGCCUGUCAUGCAAAACCUCAGUUUCUCAUGCGGAGUACGCAACUCAGAACCACGGAAAAGCUUGUCAUGCUUGGCAGCCGAUUUUUACAGUGCGCUCACUAUUGAUUCCCUCCCUUGCAUCACAAGUUUCCCGACAACAUAUUUGCAAUGCAUAGGAGCACUACAGUACCCAAACGAAGAGAGACUUCCUGCAUCCGAUUGAUCUCGCGAAGCAGCGUCGGAUCCCGGACAAGCGGUCAAAAUCCUAUGGGCACGGCAUGCAGAAGCAGUAUUUUUCUUCGCAUUUUUGCGAGGCGGUGAUACUGAUACACGCUGGUGUUCAGCUUUUCAUUCAUGAUUUAUUCAUCUCUUUGUACUAAGGCGCUGCUGACAACAUGUUUCAUUCGCCACAAAUUAUAACGUCCAGGUUCUACAGCACCUUUACAGACGGUUUCGCAGCACAGAGUAAGAAGAGUAAGCAUCGCAAGCCAGCACCGUCACCGACAGAAAUGGUACAGCAGCAUUUUUGAUUUAAAAUUGGUUGGAGGCAUCAGGAAAAAUCCAGUCUUGAGUACUUAAUUAAGAAGUGCGCUCCAGGCCGUAGCAUACAUGACAUGAUGUCCUGACCCGGGGAACAGGAUCAAACAAAAUUGUGCACUGAAGUAGAAGAUGCACUCGUCAUCUUCAUUAAAACAACCAGGUUUCGCACAGUGCGGACGACGAGCUGGAGAAUUUUUUUGCGGACCAGUUCGGCGGCGCCCCGUCUGCGUCGCCGAAUCCUGAUGCGUACGAGGAACCACUUGAGACGAGUCGCGGCGUGACGCUCGAGGAGGCGGUGGAACUGCAGAAGGAACAACUACCGCAGUCGGCUGCACCGGUAAUUACGGUCGCGGAGCUGCAGGCGGCAGCAGCGGAACAACCGGGAGCCGCGACGGCGGUGGCGGAACAUCAACCGAUGGAGGCUGCGCAGCAGGCGGAGGGAGAUUUGGACAGCGAAGAGGGAAACUACACUGCGGAUGGCAAAGCGUGCUACAAGGGCAUCACCUGGGCGAUGGUCGAGGGCAUGCCGGAACUGAAACCCGCACCCAAAUUUAUCAUGCUUAACGACGGCAGUGGCUUGUUCUAGAAAUUGAUUUUAGAGUAAUUGAUUCUGCUCUGGCUUCUGGCAGCAGCGCCUUAUUUCUGCUACAGUAGCUAUUAAUUUUACAUUACGAGUCAUUGAUUUAAAACGCUUUGUAGCUCUGCCUUGCCGAGCGAAGAAGAGAAGUCCUGAAUUCGUGUAUUUUCUUCAAUACAGAAAGCGAUAUUUAUUAUUGCUCAGUUUUUCGAUCUGCAUCUUUCAAUUGAUUUUACAACAUUUCAACUUGUACAACGACAACGCUGAGUGACAGAAGUUCGCCUGAUCUAAUGGCAACUGCUCUUGCUCCGUUCGAUUUCAGUCAUUUAGAAUUCACGUAUGAAUGUACUUGCUUUGCAGGAUUUGCUAGGUUUGCCUACUUAAUGUGUACAAUCGGAUUCCGAGUUUCGCUCCAAUGCAAUUUUGUUUCGUGCUUCUUGUUGAUUCUCCAAAUCGAAAAGUCUUGUACCUAUUUGACGUGCUGCAAAUUUGCAAAUAAUUGACUUUGGAAGUUAUCGUACAACUGUAACUGAAAUUCACUUGUAUCUGCGCCCGGUGACGUAGAACCACACGACAGACAGCACGAAUCUCUUGCCAAAUUGAUGGGAGCC